CGACACAGUCGUCAAUCGCCAUUUUGAGGUGCUCGACCUGCAAACAUCGGCCGAACACCGUUGUUACGCAGCACAGUUGAAUCGUAUUUUAAUCAUAGUUUUCGCUAAAACAAGGAUCAAUGUCUCGAUUCAACAAUAAUCGUGGCGGCUUCGCGAUGAAUCAUUUCCAGCAACGCAGAGGAGGCGGUGGGCCAGGCGGCCCUAUGAGGGGUGGGAUAAUGGGAAACCCACAUUUCAGGAACCAUCCUUUCCAGAACCAAAAUCAGAACCAAAAUCGGAGGGGAGCCAAUAAUAACUUGAACAGACCUCCCAACCAGGGGCAAAAUACCCCACAGAAGCCGCCACUUAACCAGUCGCUGCCAAUUAUUCCUCCACCAACUCCUGGCCCAGCUCUCACUAUGAAGGGGCCGAUGCAGCAGAUGCAGAAACCGGCACAACAGCCCAACGCAACACCAGCAAAGCAACCGGAGCCAAAACCGGCAACCCCUGCACCGCCACCGAAGAUUCAGUCACCUCCUCCGAAACCCAACAUCUCUUCCCCUCCUCCGAACCAGGCGAACAAGAACCAGGAGCUGAAGUCACCGGUAGUAAACACUAAUGGGCAGAAGCAGAAGCAGCCUCCGAACCCGAUCCCAAAGCCGGAGCCUGUACAAGGCCCAAAACCCCCCCAACAAAGUCAGAGGUCCGGCCCAAACCAGGGCAAUAACGGCCAGCGAGCAGGCCCUCAUCAAGGCCAGAGGACAGGCCCCUUUCAGGGCCAGCGGACAGGACCCCCGGCAAUGAGGCCCAAACAGGACCAAGUCGUAAGAAUGUGCGGAAACAACGACGGCGCCGAGACCGACGGCAGCCAGGAUACGUCGUUCAAGGCGACCCUCUCCAUGCUGCUGAAGCCUGGCGAGAAGACGUACACGCAGCGGUGUCGCCUGUUCAUUGGAAAUCUCCCCAACGACAUCUCAGAGGAAGAUUUCAAGAAGCUGUUCGCAAAAUAUGGUGAGCCCAGCGAGGUCUUCAUCAACAAAAGCAAAGGCUUUGGAUUCAUCAGACUGGAGUCCCGUGCACUCGCAGAGAUAGCAAAAGCAGAGUUGGAUGACAAGCCGAUGAGAAGCAGACCUCUGCGUGUUCGAUUUGCCACACACUCUGCCGCUUUGUCUGUGAAGAACCUGUCACCAUUUGUUUCAAACGAGCUCCUGGAGGAAGCCUUCUCACAGUUUGGAAUGGUUGAGCGAUCCAUUGUCAUCGUGGAUGAUCGCGGACGCCCCACAGGCAAGGGAAUUGUUGAGUUUGCCUCCAAACCUGCCGCUAGAAAGGCAUUGGAUCGUUGCAACGAGGGUGUCUUCCUUCUCACCACGUCACCACGGCCUGUUGUUGUGGAGCCUCUGGAGCAGUAUGACGAUGAAGAUGGUCUUCCAGAAAAACUGGCACAGAAAAACCCCAGAUAUCAAGCAGAGCGUGAGGAACCUCCUCGUUUUGCUCGUCCUGGUACUUUCGAAUACGAAUACUCCAAGCGCUGGAAGUCCCUGGAUGACAUGGAGAAGCAGCAGAGGCAGCAGGUGGAGAAGAACAUGCGCGAGGCCCGUGACAAGCUGGAAAGCGAGAUGGAGGACGCCUUCCACGAGCACCAGGCCAGCAUGCUCAGACAGGAUCUGCUGAGGCGGCAGGAGGAACUGAGGCGCAUGGAGGAGGUGCACAGUCAGGAAAUGCAGAAGAGGAAGGAGAUGCAGAUCAGACAAGAAGAAGAGCGUCGGCGGCGGGAAGAAGAGAUGAUUCGCAAGAGGGACAUGGAAGAACAGAUGCGUCGCCAGCGUGAGGAGAACUUCAGGAUGGGCAACUUCAUGGAUAGGGACAGGGAAAUGAGAAUGAAUCCUGGAAUGAAUGGUAAGUUACUUUUCAAUAAUUUAAUUGUUUAGAAGUCAGCCUGCCUGAUUCUUGAGCC